GGACACUCCUGAGUCUCCGAGGCCGUGAGGCUGGUUUCUCUUGAUAAGAGUUGGUAAGAAAAUGGAGCCGCGCAACAGUGAAGGUCCCCUAGGAGAUCACCUAGACUGAAGAUAAGGUCCCUCUAACCCAGCUCAGCCACCUCUUUGGGACCCUUCCCCUACCCAGUCUCCUGAGCCCUUGGAUUAAGCUCCACCCCUGUCCCAGCCCCUUAAAGUUUGGGGGCUGCAUUCAAGCCCGAGAUUUCCAAGUAGGGGGUGUGUUGGACUGGUUCCGGAGGCAUCUUGUCCUGGAAGAAUGGGGGAAAUGUGGCAGAAGCCACAGCUGCUGCCUCCAAGGACAUCUGUAUAGCUCCCCGGGGACCCUCUGCCCUUUCCCCCUCCCACAAGCCUGGGCGAGCAGGGACCAAGCUUGCUUGUUAUCACCUGACGCUGAGCAGCCUCUGAUCCCAUUGGUGGAGCCAGAUUCGGUCUGGCUCUCCCGUUCCUUCUCGAUUUCUCUGCCUCUCUCUCUCCUCCACGCUGCUUUGAUUUCGCUCUUGCUUCUCUCUUCGGGUGCACUCACUCGCUGGGCUGCGAGCAACGUCGUCUUCUUGCCGUCGUCUUCCUGCCGGGGCAGUAGCGGUAGCUGCCGAGCCAGACAGGAGUGGCUGCCUGUGGGGCAUGGAAGCAGCCUCCCCUGUAGCCCAGAGAGAAGCUAGCGUGCCCGGCUGCCUGUGACCUAGGCGUCAGGCUGCUGUCCCCUGCCUGGGGAGCUCAUCAUCCACAGAGAGGUCUCUCCUUUCCAUCUCUUCCAAGUCUCCCUCUGCAAGGCCGGCUGAAGCCAGGAGCCAAACCAGAGGGGAACAUGGAACUGCUGUCCACCCCCCACAGCAUCGAGAUCAACAAUAUCACUUGUGACUCCUUCCGUAUCUCCUGGGCCAUGGAAGACAGUGACCUGGAAAGGGUCACCCAUUAUUUCAUUGACCUCAACAAGAAGGAAAACAAGAACUCCAACAAGUUCAAGCACCGGGAUGUCCCCACCAAGCUCGUGGCCAAGGCAGUGCCUCUGCCCAUGACGGUGAGAGGCCACUGGUUCCUGAGUCCCCGUACAGAAUACAGUGUGGCUGUGCAGACAGCGGUAAAGCAGAGUGAUGGGGAGUACCUGGUGUCUGGCUGGAGUGAGACUGUCGAGUUCUGCACAGGAGAUUAUGCCAAGGAGCACCUUGCCCAGCUGCAGGAGAAGGCUGAGCAGAUCGCUGGCCGCAUGCUCCGCUUCUCUGUAUUCUACCGCAACCAUCACAAGGAGUACUUCCAGCAUGCCAGGACCCACUGCGGGAACGUGCUGCAGCCUUACCUGAAGGACAACAGUGGCAGCCACGGCUCCCCCACCAGUGGCAUGCUGCAUGGUGUCUUCUUCAGCUGCAACACGGAGUUCAACACCGGCCAGCCCCCACAGGACUCCCCUUACGGCCGCUGGCGCUUCCAGAUCCCUGCCCAGCGCCUCUUCAACCCCAGCACCAACCUCUACUUUGCGGACUUCUACUGUAUGUACACAGCCUACCACUACGCCAUCCUGGUACUGGCACCCAAGGGCUCCCUGGGGGACCGCUUCUGCCGUGACCGUCUGCCCCUCCUGGACAUUGCCUGCAACAAGUUCCUGACCUGCAGUGUGGAGGACGGGGAGCUGAUCUUCCGCCAUGCUCAGGACCUCAUCCUGGAGAUCAUCUACACGGAGCCGGUCGACCUGUCCCUGGGCACACUGGGAGAGAUCAGCGGGCACCAGCUCAUGAGCCUGUCCACUGCUGAUGCCAAGAAAGAUCCCAGCUGCAAGACCUGUAACAUCAGCGUGGGCCGCUAGGGACUCCUGGGGAGCUGGAGGCCUGGGGAGAGAUGGCAGGAGGGCAGGGAAUGUGUGGCUUAGGCUUGGGGAGCUGGCUUUCUCUCCCCUCCCCCUGCUCCCUCCACUCUGUCCAUCCACCCCUCUCCCACCCCGCGUUGGAGACAACAGAAGGUGAUCCUCCUAGUUAGCAUGGCCCGUUUCAGGCCUGGUGGACUUGGGGUGGGGUGGGGGGUUUCGCAGCAGGAGAUAACUUCCUUUUCUGUUUUCCUCUUCUGUUUGGGGACCUCAAGCAGGCCUCCAUCUCCCAGAGUCCUCCCCGCCUCCUGGGCUGAAGCCCGUGUGUAACCUGGCCUCCAUGUAGAUGCAGAAAGUUGUGGGGCACCUUCUUCUUAGCCCCGCCCACCCCACUCAGGGCCACCUCAGACAGCACCCUCCCUACUCAGCUGGGCCCCCCGAGGUCUCUGACUCCUCCAGGCCAGGACCCUCCCUCUAUAAAUAACGUCCCGUCCCGCACUGCUGCGCCUCACCCUGGCUGCUCCUUCCCACCCCCUCCACACCCACACCCCCCAGAGCCCUCUUCCCGCAUGGGAGAACCGUCUAUCCAUAAUGUCACUGUCACUAGAAAGUGUCACCCUCCCACUCUCUGGAAAGGUACCCUCUCUCAUUUCCUAGUUUGGAGGGCUCUGAGCUCUUGAGAUCUUUACUUUCUUCUGUCUGGGGAUGAUACAGUCCUUGGCAAACCUUCUCCCUUGCUCAGAGAGCACCAGGGCCUGAAAAAACAAAAACAAAAACAAAAAACAGCUACUGGGGUCGAGGAGGGGGAAGGAGACCCCUGAGACCUAGUCCUCAGCCGGAAGUGGGCCACCUCCUGUCUUCUUGGGCCCGACAGAGCUGGAGAACUAAGUGUGACCCACAGAGCCCUGGCGCCCCGCCUGGCUGUGCAUUUUGCUCGCUCACUCGCCCGCUCUGCCUUCAAAGUCAUGACUGUUCUGUGCUGUGUGUGAGCCAGACUGUGGGCUCUCCGUCAUACCACCUCUUGCUUCGAACACCAACCCCAUCUGGGCUGCUCCCCUGGGGAGUUCUUGAUGAAUCCCACCCCACACAGGCCCCCCAUGUUUUCAUCUUGUUCCACUGUCGUCUGGGUCAGGAGGGUGGUGAGGGUGGAUUCCCUGAGUCGAGACAAGCAGGUGGAGAAGUGGAGUAGAGGAAGGGGAAGUCAGAGUCACGUUUUCAGAGGUGACAGAAGACGAUACACAGGCCGCUGGAUUCCUGCGAAGGACAGAGGAGCUGGCAGGCCCACAAGGCCAUGCCUCUGAGGGACAGGUGAAUGGCUGGUUACCAGAGACAGUCCUGGUAGACAGUCAGGUACCUCACUGGGAUGGGCCAGGUGGUCUGGGAUCCUGGAAAAUGUGUGUAGAAGAGGAUCUGACCCCAAAGCCUCUUCCCCUCCGCUGACAGCAUUGCUAUGGGUGUAGCCUGCUGCCUUGUCCUCUGUCCCUGGGUGGGGCACAUCCUCCUGUGCUGUGCUUGCCAUGUGCAUCAAUAAACCACCAUGGCCCAACG